AUGGGAGCUCCAUAUACUGUUGGGAAUGUAAUGAUUAUAUUUUUUUCUGUGGUUACAGGAGGGUUUUAAAUAGAACAGGCCGGGCCAUGUGUCUAGCACUUUGCAAAAGGAAGACAGGCUGCAGUUAAGAUUUUUGCCAUUCUUAAUAGAAUACCGAAGAUUUUGAAUCCUUAGAAUUCUAAGAAACAUGGAGAUUUUAAUGGGACUAUCUUGCUGAAAAAUGUCCAUUUCAGUUAUCCAAAUCGCCCUGAUCAACAGGUUUUAAAAAGUUAAACUUAAUUAUUCCAUCAGGAGAUGAAACUUAAGGAAGCAUUGUAAAUUGAAAUAUUCAUUAUUAAUAUAUUCAAUAGCAUCCUUACAGUAGCAUUAUAGUUUCAGAUUGGAGAAAGUGGUUGUAGUAAAUCAACUGUCAUGCAACUUAUUGAAAGGUUCUAUGACUGUCAUUAAGGGGAAGACGGAAUUAAGGUUAAAGGUUUAAAUGUUUUAGAAUUGACAAGUAGGAUAGGUUUGGUAGGUCAAGAACCAGAAUUAUUUGCGACUAGUAUUAAAGAAAAUUUAUUAUAGGGAAAGAUUGAUGCCACUGAGGAGGAGAUGAUAGAUGCAUUGAAGAAGGCAAAUGCUUGGGAUUUUGGAUCAAAAAUGAAAUAAGGGUUAAAUACCUACUUUGGCAUUGGAGGAAGUUAAUUAAAUAGAGGAUAAAUAUACAAUUGCCAGAGCUAUUUUAAAAAACCAUAAAUUCUAUUACUAGAUAAAGCGACAAGUGCUUUGGAUAGAACGAAUGAAAGAAUAAUUUAAUAAACCGUGAAUCAAAUAUCUAAAGGAAUAACUACUAUAGUGAUUGCACAUAUAAUUAGUACUAUUCAAAAUACAGAUCUAAUUUAUGUUAUUGAUAACGGUUAAGUAGUAGAAUCAGGGACAAUUGAAGAAUUAAUAAAUCAAAUUGGUAAAUUUGAGGAAUUAGCCAAAAAUUUGAUAUAGACAUAGAUGAAAGAGGAACUCGAAGGGAAUGCAUAAGAAUAUCUUAAAGAUCCAUUCAGAUCAAAAAUGAAUCUAGCAGGCUAAUAAAUAAAGCAAUAAUAGUAAAGAAGAAAUGAGAAGUUUAAGAAAUUAGAGGUUCCUACUUUAAUUAAGAAGGUUUCAGGCAAAGUUGCGCAAGGAAAAGGCAUAGAAACAUAGUAAGAUUAGGAUAGUCAUAUGUCCUUAAAGGAAAAUAAACUAAAAUAGGCUAAUGAAUGUAUAUUUCCUAUAUUUUCAUUGUUAUUGGGAGAUAUGAUUACUGUUUUGGUCGAAUCUAAUCCCUCCUUUGCAGAUUAUUAAUCUCACAUGACAUAUGAUAAUCCUAGAAAAGAUUUAUGUGAUAUGCUAAAGAAGGAUUUGCAAGAUUAAGUGAUAGUGAGAAUGAAUUUUAAAGAGAAGAAAGAUUGA